GGAAGUAGCAGCAAAAGACGGCUUUUCAUAGCACAGUACUCAAUUCCCCCCAUUAAUUGGGUUGUUGUCUUUUUCAUUCUUACACUUCUACUUCAGGCAACACAAGAGAUUUUGUGGGGGUUCUGUUUCUCUUUUCUCUUAUUCCUUUCCCUCAGAAUACUUACACUUCACAUAGAUGGUGAAAUUUAUGAAGUUUAAUGAAUCUCUUUGUCUCUGAAUUAUGAGGGGAAUUGGGGUGAAAUAGCAGUGGUUUUGUUGUUCUGGGUUGUUCGUUUGUUGGAACUGAAUUCCAUUAAAAAUGGGGCGGCCAGGAUUGAGGAGCUGUGGUGUCUCGGCAGAGUAUUCGUGUGAACAACCGAAAUUAGAGAUUAGUGGUAAUAUUCGUCUAAUGCAACAUAUUUCAAGAUCACAGAAUGUUGAUGAAGAUUAUGUCGAGUUUUUAAAGUUUCUCUACAACUAUGAUAUAACUUCUCAGUCAUACACAAAUGAACAUGGAAAUGAUGGCAGCGCUGAUGCGAUUGAGGAUGAGGAUGAAGCUGACCCGCAGUACAAGAUUUUUUUGGCUAAUGCUAAGCCUGAUGGAAAGUCAUAUGUGCUAAAAGUUGAUUCAGAGGAUGGGUUUCCUGUGUUCAUAAAGUAUGAGAAAGAGUGUGGGUGUAAUCAUGGGUGUGAAUGUUUGCAUCAAGAAAAACAGAAGGAUAUGGAGAUGCAAAAGGAUGCUGUGGAUAAGAAAAACUUGCUCAGUAGCAAUAGAUCCAUGGGAGACGUGGAUGCGAUAUUUGAGCCUGUCGAUCCUAUUUCUCAGAGGAAAAUAGGGAUUGUGAGCCGGAAGCUUAGCACGGGGAAACAUGGGGCAUCCAAGAGGCAGGGAAAAUCCAAGACUAAGAUAAAGUCAGGUGAGGAGAAGAUGAUGGAAAAAGGGAGUAGACCAGUUAAUGUCACAGGUAAAGUCGAAGCAUCUGAUGUAGAUGAAGAUUAUCGGUUACUCCUGGAGAAUCUUGAAUGUAAGAAUUGGGGCUUGAAAGCCCCGUUAAGAAGCGGUACCAUUAUUGAAUAUGAAGCCGUGGAAGAUGAUGUUGAAAUCCUUUACGACAAUGGUGGUACGCUCAACAAGAGAAAUGUGCGGUCUAAGUUCAGGCAGAAAGUCAUGGAUCUUCUAAAGAAGCCUUACAAUCCAAAUGAGUACGAAGAACUAUGGACUGAUGUCAAUGCUAAAAAACCAGUGCUAAAGCAUAUGGACUUGCGUAAUGGGAAAAUGAAGUUUUAUGAGACACAGAAAAUGGGAAAGUCAUAUCUGGAUCACCAUGCAGGUGAGUGGUUCAUCUCAGCACAAUAGUGAAGAAUACAUUGAUGUUUUCCUUGGAUUGGGUUCUUGAUAUGCCUACACCUAUGACCUAUCUGUUACUAAUCAAUGAAAGAAGGUUGUUGGUCAAAAGAUAAUGUUAUAUAUAUGUAUGUUUUAGAUACAAGGUUUAACGCUAUCUCGAGACCUUAAAGUUGCUAGUUAGAAUUUGAAUUCUGGAGAAAAAAAGUUACUAACAUUGUAAUACUUUUACUUUAUCAAAAAAAAAAAACAUUGUAAUACUUUUAUUAACAACAUUAACAAACGAAUGAUGCGGUUGAUGAAAUCAGCCUCACCUUAUGAAAAGUAACAGUGGUUCAGUUUAAACUCUUGUUUGGGCUAGUUUCCUAUGCAUUUUCACUAAACUAGGUAAUGAUUAAACUGAAGGGGAGCGUUGGCGUAACUGGUAAAGUUGACUCCAUGUGACCAGGAGGUGAAGGGUUCGAGCCGUGGAAACAGGCUCUUGCAGAAAUGCAGGGCAAGACUGCGUACAAUAGACCCUUUUGGUCAGGCCCUUCCCGAACCUCGCGCAUAGCGGGAGCUUAGUGCACGGGGCUUCCCUUUUUUAGGUAAUGAUUAAAUUGAUGACAAAUUCAGAACUAGCAAAAAACAUAAAAGACUUACCAUGUGUUGUGCUUUUGUUGGCAAUGCCAGCUUCAUCAUCCUAGAUUAUUUCUUUCUCAAAUCUUCAGUUUCAGUAACUUAUAAGUACAUGAUUUUUCUUUAUUAUAAAUAAUUAGAACAAAGUUUCAGAGAAACAUCCAAUGUGUUAAUAUGAGAAGACAAAACACCAUUGCCCUUUUGCAUCUUGUCCUAGUUCUGCAGUGACCUAUGUUUAAACUUUCAAGUGAUCAGAAAAUUUGGGUAAUUGACAACUUCGUCCCAUUGAAGCUUAAGAAGAAUUGAAAUUGUUGUAUUCAUACACUGGUUGAAUAUAAGGAUUAUGUGUUUACGCGAGUGCUGAUCCCAUUUGACUAGUACAAGUAGUUUCAGGAUGAGCACUCAACCAUAUAAAUCCCAUACUUGAAUUUCAAUAAUCAUUUUAACCAUCCAUGCCCGACUUGUGUGAUUAUACUGGGCAUAUUGUUGUUGUAUUGUAACCAUCAUAUGAUUUAUUUAGCAACCUGAUGUUUCACUGACAAAUUUAGUCGUAUAAUAAAGCACCGUAUCUUCUCAUUUGGCU